UGCUGAGCGGCUGCUGCUGCUGCAGGAUCAUCAUCAUCAUCAUCACUCUGUGUUUCUCAGUGCAUGUCCUCACAACAGCCGGGAAGUAUCUUGAGGAGUGAAUCUCCAAAUGAACACGUUACUGGUGAAUCAAGAUAUAAAUUAGCAGCUCUUUCAGUAAAUCAACAACUCACUGCAACGCGGCCAAACAAUUCGAAGGGGUUCGAAACGAAAACCUUUGCUGAAGCAUCACAACGCGGAUCAUUGACAGCCAGCGAGCACUUUGAUUGAUCUAUGGAACAUCUUCAGCCACUCGGCUGAGAUUUAUACUUCACUUUGUAAAUCCCCAUUAGUGACCCUCUAGGGCUGCUACUGGAUGAGCGAUAUUGACAAAUGAACUAAGGACUAUACAGAUGAUCUGAAAUUGAAGUAGUGACCUCAGCUUUUGUUUGCUUUUAUUCGAUUUUCUUGAAAGCAAGUGAGCCUAAGUGGAAGAAAGAGAGAGGGACAGUUAAAUCUAAUUAAACCUCACUGAGCAUGCCUCAGCGUGCUGCUCUGCUAACUGGAGGGCUUAUUCAUUUGCACUACUGAUUUGCCCCGUGUUGUUUUCCUGCUGGAACCGUUUCUUUGCCCUGUGGCUUGUGGGAAACACUGAGUUCAAUCUGUUGACAUCUGCCAGAUUUCACAAUGUGAUCCCUCUCUGGGUUUAGAAAUCACACUCACUUUAGGUUGAGGUUAUGCCGUUCCUCAUAGCUUCUGACUGCAAAAUAAAAUGUGUACAGUAAACAAUUUCAACCUCCAAAACAUUCCCUGACUUCCAAGAUGAGCGACGCAAACUACUGGGUUGUGGACUAUGAUCUCUCCACUCCUGCUCCGUCUGGGUUCCCCAGGGGCCCAACGGUGCAGCAGCCCAUGCCGGGGCACCCCGAGCAGGGAACGGCGCUGUGUUUCGUUGGCCUCCUCGUGCUGCUGCUGCUCUUUCUCGUCGUUCGCUGCGUCCGUAUCUUAUUAGACCCCUACAGCAGCAUACCAGCCUCAUCGUGGACGGAUCAUAAGGAGGGGCUGGACAGAGGACAAUUUGAUUAUGCACUGGUGUGAAGAUGAGGGGGGAUCGGGAGAUGAAGAGAGGGAUGAAUUUGGAGACAUGUUAAGGUUCUGCUAAAAGCUUCUAGUUCCAAAGAUUCAGCUCCUUAAAAUGAAAGAAACUGCAUUAUGUUUGUUGUUUGGUUGGGGUAUUGUAAUGCAAGCUGUAAAGAUACCAGCAUAAAAACGAUAUUAAACAGUAUCUGUACAAGGAUUCAAUCCAGAGAGAAAAGGAGCAGACGCCAGAAGUCCCGCAUCUAUUUUAAUUCCCAGUAAUUAACGUCAUAUUGGAGACUGUUAGGUGGGUAUGUUGUUACACUGCAGCUUCUAGAGUGACAAAUUGCAGGAAGACAGCGAUCAGUAUCACAGCAUUACCUUAUGACUCCUGUUUGUCCUGUCAUUUUGUAAUUCUAUAAUGUUUCUACAAAUCCCAGGGCUGAAUUAUAAAUAGAGAGCAGAGCUGCUGCAAGAGAGGUCCUGAUUAAAUAAAAGUGAAAUCGAAUGAGUUUAGGGUAGACAUGGAAGUCAUUCAGACAGAACUAAUAUGCACUGUUGCAGCAGAUUUAAAGCAAGAUUGAGACCUUUAUACGUCGAUUUGCUGUUAAAAUGUAAAAGUCUUUCUGUCUUUUUUGGAAGUGCAGCUGAACGAACAAUUUAGAAGAUGUCAAAGUUUCUCUGGAACAGGAAACCUGCUUUUAUGUGAGCCAUGCUGGAUAUUGUGAGGCAUUUAUACGACCUCUAACAUGAUCCUCAGGUAUAAUGAUUUCUAUUUAACCUAAGCCUCGAUAAUUAGAGGAAAUCGCCUCCUGAAAUUGAGCUUUAGCUAAUAUUUGUAUCUCUCUAUUUUCUUCAAUGUGUCCUGAAUUUCAACCUUAUCCCCCUAUACAAGCUGUUGUUUAUAAUACAUAACAGUUUAUACUAAUUAUUUUAUUUGGGGUUUUGUUAUUUCAUGUCGCCAUCCCUUUAAGAGGCUUAUGAGGCUCAGUGCAGAGAGUCACUAUACGCUGACUCAAUACGAGUCGUAUAAAGUUAUGAUUAUGAAAUGCAUGUACACCAAUUUCUUUUCUCUAAUCCUUUUUGCCUUUAGGCCCAGUCCAGUGCACCAGCCAAAUCUGUUCAACAGUGCCUGUAGGAAUAUGAGAAAAGCUAAAAACGAUUUCGUACUCACUACUUACUGUCCUUCUGCAUCUUGUUUUAUAAUAUUGUUUCUGCCCAUAUUUUACUGUAAAGUCCUCUCUAUAAAUAAACUUAAGUAUUGAUAUUUUUGGGAUUUGUUAAAAAGUUGUUUUGUUUCAUUAAUGAUGACCAAAAGUUUAGCAAUACCAAUUAUAUUGUGUAUGGUCUUACUUCCCGGAUGUAGACUCUUGCUGGUAAUAAUUAAAUAUUUUCCGAAUGUUUCUUGAAAUUAGCAUUCAGUUUUUAAUGAAAUAAAAAGCUUUUGUCCUGUCUUUUUAUAAAGUUGCAUCGCUUUGCAGUACACACACAUAAAAACA